AAAAAAGCUUGAUAAAUAUUCAAUUGAAUACUAAAUAGUAUACAUUUUUUUCUUUUAAUUUAUUUUAUUAUUUAGAGGUAUUUAGAGUUUUUUAGUUUGUAUAAAUUGCAUUAAUUAUAAAUCAUCCAAAAUGAGUUCAAUUGGAACUGGUUAUGAUUUAUCAGCAUCUCAAUUUUCGCCUGAUGGUCGAGUAUUUCAAGUUGAAUAUGCCUUUAAAGCAGUUGAAAAUAGCGGAACUGCCAUAGCUUUACGUGGUUCUGAUGGUGUUGUUUUUGCCGUGGAAAAAUUGGUUACGUCAAAACUUCAUGAAGAUAGUACAGGAAAAAGAUUGUUUAGUGUGGAAGAUCAUAUUGGAAUGGCUGUUGGUGGAUUGACUGCUGAUGCUAGUGCCAUAUUAGAUGUUGCACGCGAGGAAGCGAAAUCAUAUCGCCAGUCAUAUAAUAUGCCUAUUUCAUUAAAAUAUUUGAAUGAACGAGUAUCCAUGUAUAUACAUGCUCAUACAUUGUACAGUGCUAUUAGGCCUUUCGGAUGUGCUGUCAUUAUUGGUUCUUAUGAUCCUAAGGAUGGUCCUCAGAUGUAUAUGAUUGAUCCAGCUGGAGUAUCAUUUGGAUAUUUUGGAUGUGCUAUUGGUAAAGCUAAGCAAACAGCAAAAACUGAAAUAGAAAAAUUGAAUUUGAAGACAAUGACAUGUAAAGAAUUGAUUAAAGAAGCAGCUAAGAUAAUUUACAUGGUACAUGAUGAAUUGAAAGACAAACAAUUUGAACUUGAACUUAGCUGGGUUGGUAGCCAUACUAAUGGAAAACAUGAAGAAGUUUCAAAAGAUGUAUUUGAUGAUGCUUUGAAAUAUGCUAAAGCGUCUCUAGAUGAUGAUUCUGGUUCAGAUGGAGAGUAAACUAUUGUUAAUAAUUUAAGGAAAAUUGACUUAUUUGUCAAAUUAUGGUACAUAAGCUUAAAAAUAUAUUUUUUUUUUUAUUUAAUAAAAAAUAAUAACAUUUUUGAA